GGGAGUUAGCGAUCUGGCGGCUCAUUCGCUGUCCAGAGGCCUUUGGAGGGGCCUGGGUGGCGGAGAACAGUCUCCCCGGACCCAGACACCGGUCACUCGGACGAGCAACGACCCCUCCGGAGGGUCUCAGCGACAUUCUUAGACCGUGCGGCCCCUUUAAGAGGAGGAGACGGGCGGGCGCGAGUUAGCCGCCACCGGACGUCACAAACCCAGGACCGGGUCUCACUCCCAGGCGGCCCCGCGGCCCGCCCGAGCCCGCCGAGGGACCGGGCUUCUGGGAGCGCCCCGCGGGCCGCGGCGGAGGCGCGGGCGCCCACUGGCCGGCGCGAUCGCAGGGGCGGGGCCGCAUCUUAAAGGGCCGGAGCCGAGGCAGCCCGUCCCCGGCCCAUGGAGCCCACGCAAGACUACCCACUGUUCGGGGGCGCCUUCUCCGCCACGCUCCCUCCCGGAGCCAUUGACGUGAGCGACCUCCGACCGGUCCCGGACAACCAGGAAGUUUUUUGCCACCGCGUGACGGACCAGAGCCUGAUCGUGGAGCUUCUGGAGCUGCAGGCCCACGUGCGGGGAGAGGAGGCCGCGCGGUACCACUUUGAGGACGUUGGUGGGGUGCAGGGCGCUAGGACUGUUCAAGUGGAGGCUGUGCAGCCCCUCCUCUUGGAGAACCUGGCCCUGAGGGGCUGCUGUGAAGAAGCCUGGGUCCUCUCGGGCAAGCAGCAGGUGGCUAAAGAGAACCAGCAGGUAGCGAAGGACGUGACCCUGCACCAGGCCUUGCUGAGGCUGACUCCGUACCAGACUGAUCUCCUGCUCACCUUCAAUCAGCCCCCCCCUGACAAUAGGUCAUCUCUUGACCCUGAAAAUCUGUCACUUCCACCCUGGAGCCUGGGUGACUUCGAACAGCUGGUGACCAGUCUGACUCUUCAUGAUCCCAACAUCUUUGGUCCCCAGUAAAGAUGCUGAAAUGCUACAUGAUGCCGCUAAAGACUUGGGGACCCCAUUCUGCAAGGGGAACAAAGGGUGGGAUAUAUUCCCCAAAUUCCUUCCCUGUGGAUAAACAUAAGACACCUCUCUGCAGAAAUAAACUUGCUUUAUAACCAAUAUAA